CCUUACGGCUGCAUUUUAUUUUACAUGAAAUACUUUUAGAAGUAAAUCUUGUUAAAUAUUGUUUAAAAAUAAUAACAUUGUAGCAAGGCGUAUUAACACAUACGCCUUGCAUUGUAGUAAAUAAGCCAAAAAAAUUUGUGUUUGUUUUGCAUUGUGCUUGACACCCAAGCCAAUUAAAAUCACUACAAGUCCACAGUGGAUUAAGAAGACUAUGCAUUAAGGUCAAUUCACAAUAUACUGUUAAUAUGUAUAAUGGUAUUGGAUUAACCACUCCACGUGGUUCUGGCACAAAUGGUCAUGUCCAACGUAAUUGGGCAUUUGUACGUCCUGGAAAAAAAGGAAAUUCAAACUAUCGCUCCGAAGAGGAUAUAAAAAAAUUGGAUGCUACUUUAAAUCGUCCGCCCAACAAGGAUAUUUUGGACCAUGAUCGCAAAAGAAAGAUUGAAGUCAAGUGUUUGGAAUUUGAAGAAAUUUUGGAAAAGCAAGGUUUGUCAACCGAUGAAAUCAAGGCCAAAAUUGAUUCCUACAGGCAAAAAUUAAUGGGACAAGGAAAAACUGAUUUGCCAAAAGAUGAAUUUGGUAGAAUAGCAGUUCGCGAUACACAUCAAAUAGCCGAAGCUCAGCAAGAAAAAAACGCUAAAUUACGUGAAGCCUUUAAUAUUUCCGAAUAUUUUGUUGAAGGCUCUAGUUUUGAUUCAGAUCGUAAAGCUAAAGAAGAUUUAGCCAAAAGUUUGGCCUUACAAAAAGAACUGGACGCCCAACGUGAACAAGCAGCCGCUGCGUUGGCAAAUGAAAGAGAAACAUCUAAACGGUAUGCAUUGGUACGUACACCGUCCAUGGAGCGUAAUGUCUCCUUAGGUAAUGGUGAUAACGACGAUCAUACCAAUAAAAAGAAGAAGAAGAAGAAAAUAAUGCGUGAGAGCUCUCACAGUCCAGCACGUAAAAAAGACAAAAAGAAGAAGUCAAAAAAGCGUAAAAAAGAAAGUAAAUCCAAGAAAUCAAAGAAAUUACGAAAACGUAAAAGCAGCGAUUCUGAAAGUAGUGCAGAAAAUGGUAAAGAUAGUGCCAAUGAAGACACAGACUCGGAUAGUGAGGUUGAUGUAAAGAAAAUUCGUAAAAAAUCGAAAAAGGAUAAGAAAAAACGUGAGAAGAAAAAUAAGAAAAAGGAACGCUCCUCAUCAUCCGAUAAAUCAAGAUCGAGAUCUCCAAUAAACAAACUCGCAGAAAUUAAGAAAUCUGAAACUAUAACUAGAAAAAAAACAUCUGGCAAUCCAUUCCGCAGCCGUUCAAAGGAAAAAUCUAACAAAUCCAAAGAGUUACAAAGACGCCAUUAUGAAUCAUCACAAGAGAGCCGUAAUAGACGUAGUCGCAGUCGUAAUAAUAAAGAUUUAAUUAAAUGCCGAAGUCGCAAUAGUGGCGACAAAGACUUAUGCAAUCGUCAUACUCGUAUUGAAAAUGAUUCAAGAAAUGAUGGUCGACGAGACGAUAAACGAUAUUCUUAUCAGAAACAUAAAAGUAGUUCUUCAGAUUAUCGUAGUCGUAAAUGCAAUGAACGAGAUUAUAAUAACAGAGAUAUAGAUCGAGACCGCGAAAAUCGCAGAUCAAGAUCGCGUCAAAGAUCUAGGCGUAUUGAUACGGCCGAAAGUUUAAGAGAUCUUAAACGCAAAUAUUCUGAAGAACAUUUGCAAAGAAAACGGGAUAGUCCUAGUGUAGAUAAGCGUAAGAAAUAUUCUUGUUCUCCUUCCCAAUCACGUUCGAGACAUAGUCGUGAUAAUAAAUCUUAUGCUAGAACUACACAAAUGAUAAGUACCCCUUCAAGAACACGUUCUAGAACGCCAAGACACAAAUCUUCAGAUCGCCAACAAUUUCAUAGAGUUAAUAUAUCUAGAUCAAGAUCUAUAAAAGAAAAUAUGCGCAAUAAAUCAUUAACACCAACACCACUUAUAACUAAGCUAAUGAAAACAAAUGAAUCGAAGAAAACUGAUACUAAUAAUAUCAAUAAUCAAGAAAAAGAUGUCUCAAAUUCGGUUAGUUCAAGCCAAAAAGAUGCAAAACAUACUGGUCGAAAAUCAAGAUCUAGAAACACUUCAUCAUCGUCCUCUGAUUCAGUAUCGUCUACUGAUUCAGAAUCGUCUAGAUCAAGGACACCUUUUUCCAAGAAAGAAAUUUUAGAAAAAGCUUCAGUAGCUAAGAAUAUUGAUACACUAAAGUCAUCAUCACGAAAGACAAAAUCUCCAAGUCUCAAAAGAACACCCUCACCAACAAAUAAGAGAUCGAAGUCUAGAAAUUUAUUAAUUGAAAAGAGCAUUGAAGAUAAACAAUGUCCAGUUUCAAUACCACGAGAAAAAUCAAAUGAAAAGCGAGAGGAGUACACACAACUUACAUCUAAAACACCACCCCCCUCCAGAGUAGAGAAAAAAGCGUUGAGUCCCAGAUCUUCGAGGGAUUCGUCGGAGUUAAGUUAUUCUCCCGCUAUGCGCAAUCCCGAACGGUAUCGAGAUAUUUUAGAAAAUACUAAAAAUCAAAAAACUGAAAAACGUAAAGACGAAGGUAGAAAAGACCCGACCAAAUCUUCAAAACAAAGUGAAGAACGUGAAAGGGAUCGUAAAGAAAAGGGAGGAAAGUGUGAUAAGAAUUCGGCAAAACCAGUAGUACGCUUACAAUCCCAGAGCGAAGACGAGAGCGAUGCCACAGAACGUAAUGCUGAAAAAAUGUUAGAUGAAUUUCAAGAAUCCAAACGUGAAAGAGAACUGAAGGAUUUAAAAAUGUUAGAACAACUCAAAACAGGCAUAGCGGCUAAAGCCAAGGAAAAGAUUAAGACCAUUGAAAAAAUGGCUGGUUGCACAUCGACCAGCUCAUCUUCAAAUACUGGCGCAGAACCUUUAGUUGCUGCGUUAGCAGAUUCUUCAUUGGUGGAUGCCAUCGUAUCCAAAGUAUCAACAGCAACGGUAGAUGCUGCCGAGAGUGCUGCUAGGCGUGGUCGCAGUCGUUCCAGACGUAGUCGUAGCCGUAAUCGUCGUGAGGAUAAAACAAGUAAUGGUGGUGGCAGCAAUAACGGUGGGGGAGGUGGAGAACGCGAAGGAAAUCGACGUCGUUCUACUAGUCGUUCGAGAUCAUCAAGAUCUUCAUCAUCUAGCCGCAGUAGAAGUCGUAGUCAUAGUCGUCGAAGCUCACGCUCGCAUUCCUCACAAUCCAGCUCAUCGUCACGCAGUUCAUCACAUAGUUCAUCAAGCAGUAGUUUCGGUUCUUCUCGUUCUGGUACCCGUUCUCCUUCAAUACCUCGACGCCGUGGGUCACCUAGUUUUCUGGAUCGUCGUCGUAUUACUAGUGCCCGCAAACGCCCUAUACCAUAUCACCGCAAAUUACCAUCAGAAGUUUCUAGCUGCUACUGUUCCAGUUGUUGUAGUCGUGAUAGUUCUCCUCGUUCCCGUUCUCGUUCAUGCGACAGCCGAAGUCCUUCAAGAAUUUUGUAAUAUUGAUGUAACUGCUCAGUUAUAAGUGGUCUUCAUUAAAUGCUGAUCAACAGAAUGAAUAAAAUAAAUUGUUUUUAAAACUUUAA